CCACCCUGAAAUAGUUUGGUUUUAGAGUAUUGGUCUGUUUUCACUUAAUCAAUGAGUCUUACUGGUUACAUGCUUAUAAAGGUGAAGUAAGUUGCAAGUGGCAGUUCCCUAUUUCUUGUAGUUUCCCAUAAUAUUCAUAUAGUUGCCUCAUGGUUUAUGUAAUAGAACUGGUAUUGAAAUAAUUACAUUAAAUGUCUAUUCUUUGGUAUUCAGGAUUGAUUCACAUUUUGAGGGGUAAGGGCAACAAGGGAUGAGACUGUUUUAACCAGAGCCAGUCUUACAACCUCAAAGAUGUGCUCUAGAAAAAACAAAAAAAUGUACCUGUGAGCAUAAUGUUUGUCUCAGUGAGAUUGUACAACUCUGUUCAGAGCUGCAAAAAUAAUAAUAAUAAUAAUAGGUUUGUCAAUAGAACAGAAAGAAGUAUUUUGGCUAAAUUUGUUUUUUGUAAGUUAUUGAAUUAUUUCAUUUUAUGUUUCUUUUCCCAUAGCUUUUUACACACCUUAUACUUAAAACCAACAAGUGGAGAGGCCCUCUUUUCAAAUCUGGUUUAUUUUUGGAAUGCCUGAGUGUGUUUCUGGAUGAGGGGGGGUGGUGGUUUAAUUCUUGACAUGCUCUUCUCAGCAUAUUUUGCUAAGUUGUUCUGAAUCUAUGUUUGCAAAUUCUGUUGAAAAUUCAGUGACGUAUUUAAAAUGAGACUGUCCUCUCUGACGUAGUGUGAAUGUUUCUGACCAGAUUCUAUUUUGGAAGAUGUGAUUUUGUUUUUAAUUUGAGUAGAAAGUUCUUAACUUCAUUGUCCAGAUUUUAGGUUUAUCUAGUGGAAUUCUGCCAGGUAGUUGUCUAAACAUGGACCAGUUUGGGGAAAUGAAGGUUAAUAAUGUGGUUUUGACUUUAGAUAAUCCUGUAGUCAAAACUGCAAGUUAAAGACUCACAUCAUUAGAGUUGCCUGUUUCAUGUUGUGGAUGAUGUUCAGCGUUGUAUCUAUGAAUUUCCUUUAGGAAAGGAGAAAAAUUUAGUCUCUAAAACUUUUCUUAGAGACUAAAUUUACUACUUAUGGAAAAUGAAAAAAAUUAGAAAAUGGUUUUGGUUAUUUUUUAAUGGAGUUUAACCAGCUUAAUUAAUGCUUUUUCACAGUUUGAAGCUCUGAUUUCCCAAAGGUGAAUAAAGGGAAAGAUCAGCAUUUUCCUUUCCACUCCCCUUUUAGGCCAUUUUUUGUUUUCUAUCCCAUUUCCCAAUCCUGAUAUAAAAUGCAUUACGGGUAUCAAUCUAAGUCCUUGUAACCCUUUUUGGGGGGUCACAGGUACCUUUAAUAAUUUGAUGAAAGUUAUGGACCCUCUCCCCAGAAAAAAAAAAUGCACAUACACAGGUAAUUUUGCAUUUAACCUCAGGGGCAUCACAUAUCUUCUGAAACCCAAGUUAAUGAUCUCUGCUCUAAGUAAACUCUAGAGAAGAUUGUAAUACAAAUAAUUGAUAAAAUUAGGAACUAACUAUUGGCCUAAAACAUUUCAGAGUGGAAUUUAUUAUUAUUAAAUGGUGGCCCCUACUAGCAAAAUGUGACAUUGCAACCAGCUUUGUUUAACUUCAUAACAUCCAGACAGAAGGAAAAAAGAAGCAAAGUUCUGAGAGCUAUUUAUAAGGAGUCAGGGCAUCUCUAGACAUGGGAGCCAUUCUUGGUUCAAGACAGGGGUCAGGGUGCCUGACAAUUUCUAGCAGGGUAGAGUUUGAUAAACCACAAUGCUCAGGAUGCCAAGGGGUUAGCCAUUAUCUUAACCCCUUCUUCACCAAAAGAAUUUAGUUUUGUCUGUUGGGAAACAAGAUGUCACUAGGGAAAAAAAGAUUUGCCUUACAACUUUGCUGGAACACAUCAGUUUGGUGACGUAUGGGACACUAGUAUUAUUUUUGAGAAGGUGCAUAAAACCAAAGUAAAUUAUUCUCUAUGUAGAACAUUAUUUACUAGUAACAUUUGUUUGGGUGUAUUAGCUUUGACAAUUUUUACCAGUAAAUACUGAUUUAUUUAAAACUGGGAAUCCAGUUUAUAAAUAGGAUAGUUGAUGUAUCCAUUCUUUCCCCCUUGUAAAGAAUAGUUUAAAGAUUUAUGCAUACUUUUUACUUUUCUCUCUUGAUGCCAUGGGGGGGAGGAUCUUUGAGUCAACAACUGACAAAAUGUCUUCAAAUUUUAAAUUUUGAGAAGCAGCACUUUAAGUCUAACUACACCAUUUUAGUGCAUGUAUUAGUUUUAAUGAUUUUUGGUGCAUGCCUUUGGGCUUAUUCAAAAGUGUACAAUAGGAAAGUAUAUUUCCUUUCUUAGAAAGGAGAUGUUUUUCUACUUUGCAACAUGUGAUUACAAGAAUCUUCCUCUGUGGGAAGAUUAACCAUGUAUUGAACUACUGAAAAGUAUAUAUUUUUAGAUAUACAGAAGGAAUCUACAUGGAGCUGCAUUCAGACCUAUAUAGAAGUCAUAGCAUUCUGUAUAGGACCAAAAAGGAAGUAACAUUAAACACUUAAACAGACUUUGUUGGGUAGAAAUACCUUUCGAUCUUGCAUUGACUUCCAAAAAGAAAAUGCCACAGAAGUUUGCUGAAACUUUUGUUGUUUGAAUUUUCUCUGUCAGUGUAUUUAGCCCAAAUACAACAGCUUUGGGUUAGCACAUAUAUAAGAAUCAAAAAACAAAACUAAAUAGAUCAGUCUGGUCUGCCAAUCCAGCUUGACUGAAAUAAGUAAACUAAUCACUUGCAACAUGAAAAACUGUCCAACUCCUCUAAGGUUUUGACAAAAUAACCUUGGCCAAUGUGGGAAGACUCCCACUUUAUUUCUGACCUGACAGUGAAGAUUCAUGCUUGACAUGAUUUCAACCCUGACAGUGUCUGUUUAAGGAGCCAUGGUACAGUUUGCUAAUUCAAUCCCAGAUACCUGUUGAUUACCUGUGAGAUCUAGAGUCCAAAGUAGCCAGCAGCCGUAUCCCUGAGUGCUCUGUGCCCAUCAGAUAUCUUAAAGUAAGCAGGGUUGGGACAGGUCACAGCUCGAAUGAUUGACCUCAGGUGCCGUAGACAGCCCCAGAUUCAAGAAUCGUAUCUGCUUUCUUAGGAGUCGUCACUGAACUUAUGUCCCACACUGUGUUACUUACUGUAGAUGCUCUCUUUUAGAGAAGGCCCAGAGCACACAUCCUAAUUGCUGGUGGUACUCAGAGAGGGGGUGCUAACUCUGAUGCCCUGGCCAAAUUCCAGUUUAGGGAUGUGGGUCUUCUUGUCAUUCUAAUUGGAAAUGUGCAUCACUUCCCAUUUUCCAGUUGAUCACAGUGCAAACUACACUAAUCUGUUUCUUUGCCCCAGUCCCAAGUCUCUAAGAUACUGGUGUGUAUUAUAUGGGCCAAGUUCAUGCCUUAUCCUAAUGGACAAGAAUUGGGGAAUGAGUAAGCUUGGGACUCUUAUGAUGCAGUGGGGAUGAAAUCGGUCCCCUUUUGGCAUAAAUUAGGGAAUGUGCACUGGCUGGAGGUUUCCAGCCAUGAGGUGUAAGCUGAAUCCAAUUUUCCCUCUUUUCUUAUAGCAUGAUGAGAAAAUCUGUUGGGUUUUCAGCAGUCAGGGAAGGCCGGAGUUCUGCAGCUUUAAUCUGGGUAACUGAGGCUGGUUUGAGCAAGACUUUGGUUAAUUAACUGGGUUCUCAGAUGCCACAGACUCCGUGAGAAGUCACCAUUAUUUUCAAUGGUUGUGAUAGAAUUUUCCCCUAGUAGCCAUUAUUUUAAGAUUAUAUUGCAGAGUUGCUUUAUUUUGAGCUUUUCGUGUAUACACAAUCCCAAACUGGAAGAAAUUUUAAAAAAAGGAAUCCUGCUGUGAAAGGUAUAUAUUACUCUAGAUUUUUCUUACUGUAAAUAUUGUAAGAUUGUAAUACUGUUGAUAUUUUAUUAACCAACAAAUGUUAAUCUAUGUGAAUUCAGAUUUAUUUUAAAUGUGCUUCUUAUUUACUGUGUGUGGUCCCUGUUGCUGACAGUAUUAAGUUAUAUUCUGAUGUAAGAUUAACUUUAUUAAAGAAUGUAAACAUAAUGUUUCCUUAUGGGAAAACAAAUAAAGUAUAAAGAAGACAAUUCUUUUCAGUGAAAUAUACUGUGUAUUUACACUUGCUAGACCCAGCACCACUUAUAAAUUUAGUACACUGUUCAGAAUUUUAGUUAACACAGCUGACAUGAUUGUACUCCUUUGGAAAGUCUAAGAGUAGGUAUUGUUGGAAUAUAAGCAGUUUGUAUUUGUCUGCUGUGAAUCAUAAUCUUGAAAUUUCUAAUCGUUUGUAAAUUUUUAUAGCAAAACAUUUUAAUGACAAUUUAAAAAUUUAUCUUCUCUAAAGAUUGGUCAAAACAAGAUCCUUUCAGAAAUAGAAUUGUUCUUUAAUAUCUUUCCAAAAUGACUUUGGUUAAAUGGACCAGAUGUAUAUUAGUUAAAAUUUAGAACUAAGUUGUUGAUAUUCUUUGAGUUUACAAGUUAAUCCUUAUUGGAGAUGUGCCAAUAUACAGUAGAAUAUCAUUAAUUUGCACUGUUUGGGGACCCCAUUUAAGAAUGCUGAAUUUUGCCAACUAAAAAGUAAGCAAAUGCAAUUUAAAAAGUAAAUUUGAGCAUUCUGUAUUAAAUAUGUGCAGUUAUUAUCACACGAAGAAGCGCAGUGUGUCGGGCUGUAAUAUAACCAUAUUUGCUGUCAUGUUCUCCCAUCUCAGUGCUGGGAACUCACCAUGUGGAAACCAAGCAAACGUGUUGUGCAUCAGCCGGCUUGAGUUUGUUCAAUAUCAAAGCUGAAACUAGCGAGGUCUGCUGUACUGCUUAUUGAAGUAUUGUGAUUCUUUUAGGCAUUGAUUCUUAAAAAAUAUAUACUGUAACAGUAUACUUUGUACAGAUUUAAAUUUUAUUUGAAAAAAUGAAAUAAAGUAGGCAAAAAAUAAAGAUGUUUAUUUUUCAUGUGACUA